CAACCAUUCUUGAUAGGAUAUACCGGUUAAGAUGGCCAUGGAGACGCAUCUUACAACACUCAGUGCUACUCUAGACGCUAUCUCACGUAUACACAACAAACCAUCAAGAUCGUCAUCCCGUCCCUUUACAUCUGCCAUCUUAAAUACGCACAAAUUGGACGUACUUGAUUUCAUUAGAGAUGCCGAUCAAUUUGAGGCAAAUCUAUUCUGGUAUCCUCCCCGAACCGGUGAUGCAGGAGGUUCAAAUGUUGCAGGACCAUCAUCAAGGUCACGAGACGAUCAUGCCAAAGCGGCCGUGUCAGCACCGGAAAUCAAUGUAGCUCCAAGAUUACCCGAACCGAAAGCAUUCAAUCCACCAACACCAUUACGAAAAGCAGCAAAAGAUGCAGAAGCUCGUGGUUUGGUAGAGUUUGAUGCACGUACACUACUCAAAGCUGCUCAAAAGCUGACAGAUAAUUACCACAGCGUCCCUCGAGCUCGAAAGCACAUAAAAACAUUGCUGAAAAAGCAUGCUGACCUACAGAGAACUAUACGUGAAUUGGAUAACAGUGUUGCCGAGAAUGAUGCUUUGAUCGCUAAAGUCCAAACUAAUCCAGGCCUUUUCACUUCUGGCGGGCGUGUUUCCAAAUCUGGCGAUGGGAAUGCCUCUCUGGAUAUCGAUAAGAUACAAGAAGACAUACGCAGGGAAGAAAUGGAGAUCUUGGCUAUCGAACAAACGAUGGAAGAUCUACAAGAACAAAAGAAGAGAAUGAAGCAGGCACCGUCACGCUCCAAAACUGCUACCACUCCUCGCAAGUCCAGUCAAGCGACGCCAAAGAAGACAACAGUACCAGCUUCCACUUCACAAACCAAAACGCCCACUCCAAGAUCGUCCAUUGGAGAUAGAACAACUCCUCGCAGCUCAGUCGGCUCAAAGACAAAAGCUGCAGCAACACCUUCACCAAGAAAGUCUGCAACAAAAGACAAGAGCCCGGCAAAAGAGCUACACAGCACACCAGCAAGGGACAUCACCGCUCAAGUUGAGCCUAUUGCUGAUUUGGCUGAUGAGACUAUCAGACUGCAGCCAUCCAAACGCAUUGAGAGCGAAGGUGAAGAGAAUGCCAAAGUUGCCCGCCAGAGUAGCAUUGAUACUACUGUCACAGAUGAGAGGGGGUCUGCAAUUGAGACGUCAGAUGAGCUUGAGAGGAUAUGCGAGAACAUAUGGGCAAUGUUUGGUGAUAAUCUUCGCUAUGCUGCUCCCUCUACGGAAUCGGCAAAUGUGGAAGAAACGAUUGAAAUCCUGCAGAAUCUCAGUCUUUCUAAGGAUUCCAAUUCUAGUCCAGACAUUAGCACAGCAAGUAGCAAUGUAACCGGUACUACAGCUGCAACAUCAGGUAGCACGAUCAGCACAUCUGCACUCCCUAACGCUGGUCCUCCUUCGCCGACGACGGUUAUUGCUGCACGUAUACUUAUUUCUAUGCUCAAAUCUGCUGCUCCUCAUUCGGAAGAUAUAGAGGAGUUGAAGAAAGAUGCAUCUUCUUGGUGGAGUACGGAAGGUUCAAAAGCAUAUUCACAAGCUAGUAGAGGCGAUUUGGAUAUGACAAGUCUCGAUAGCGGCGAAGCGUUGGCCAAGAAGUCUAUAUAUGAGCUAGCUGCAAAGAAAAUUAUCAAGUUCCGAUUCAAAGGAACAAAGCGUGUGGCACAAUUUGCUGCUCAUAUCUGAAAUUUGAAAGCAUUCAUUCGUUCAUGGUGGCCGUGAUCACGGUCGAUAGAGUGCGUCUUCCGACACGUGCAAGUCGGUGUAUUCUUAAUCUUAUUUGUAUCUUAGACUGUGCUAUUCUAUUCUAAUAAUGUAC